UUGUGUCAGUGUCUCCAGCUGCCAUCAGAGUGCUGACUGACAGCUUCUGUAACGCUGCCAGCUGCUUCUGACAGGAAGAACUACAGCUCAGACCGGCCCUCUGCUCUGACGUCAGACUGACAUUUCUAGGUUUGGAUUUAAAGGUGUGAGGAAGUGAUGAACACAGACAGCAGCAGCGUCUGUCAGAGUCUGCAGACGGAGGAGGAGGAGGUCUCUCUGACCUCAUCUGGACGGGACUUUAACAGUGAGAGCAGCUGGGUGAAGAAAUGCAGAAUGGGAAACUGCUUUAGCCGGCCUGUGGAUCCAGAAACAUCACAGCGUGCUGAAACUCAGAGGGGAGCAGGAAGACCAACAGUCAACGCCCAGCAUGGAGGUGUCGUCAACACACCUCAGUUAAAAGAUGUUAAUGUGGUAGGAAAUAUACUGCUCAAUGUCAACAACACAUAUGCCUCAUCUCCUUACAGGACAGACAAGGCGAAAGCUGCUUCUCCCAAAAACACAGCAAACAUUCAAAGGUGCCGAGAUAACUUAAAAUCUUUCCUUGAAAAUACAACAAAGGAUCUGUCACAAGGAACAAAGGAAGAUGGAUCAUCUACUCCUUUAGACAAGAUCUAUACGGAGCUUUACAUCAGACAAGGAGGCAGUGGCGAGGUUAAUAGUGAACAUGAAGUGGUUAACUUGGAGUGCAAAAGGAGUUCGAGUGAAGAGAAGAAAAUCCAGGUCAAUGACAUUCUUCAACCUUUAUCAAACGUAGAAGACCCUCCUCAGAGAGUUCUGACGAAGGGAAUCGCUGGCAUUGGAAAAUCUGUCGCUGUGCAGAAGUUUACUCACGACUGGGCAACAGGAAAAGCCAACCAAACUACUGAUUUCAUAUUUCCAUUCACAUUCAGAGACUUAAACUUGAUAAAAGAUAAGGAUUGGAGUCUUGUGACAUUAAUAGGUCACUAUUUCGAAGAAGUGAAGGAUUUGGAAAAGUCAGACUACAGCGAAUCAAGUGUUUUGUUCAUCUUUGACGGCCUGGACGAAAGCCAAUUACCUCUGGACUUCAACAACAAUGAGAUGUGCCGCGAUGUUACAAAGACCACAACAUUAGACGUCCUGCUGACCAACUUAAUCUCAGGAAAACUGCUGCACAAAGCCUCAGUCUGGAUCACAAGUAGACCAGCUGCAGCUGCUAAGAUUCCUCCUGAGAUCUUCCAUAGGGUGACCGAGGUACGAGGCUUUAAUGAUGAGCAGAAGGAGGAGUACUUUCAGAAGAAAGUUAGUGACAAGGAAAUGGCUCAGAAGAUCUAUGAUCAUCUUCAGUCAAAGUCGCAAAGAAGUCUGUACAUCAUGUGCCACAUCCCAGUCUUCUGUUGGAUUUCAGCCACGGCUCUCCAGAGUCUCCUUACAGAAACGGAAGAAGCUGAGUUGCCCAAGACUGUGACUGAAAUGUACACUCACUUCCUGAUCAUCCAGACAAAGCUGAAGGAAUAUCAGGAAGGUGAAACAGACAAAGAUGUGAUAAUUAAAUUGGGAAAGCUGGCAUUUGAACAGCUUCAGAAGGGCAACAUACUCUUCUACGAAAAUGAGUUUAAAAGUUGUGGAAUUGAUCUAAAACAAGCUGCCGUUAAUUCAGGAGUUUGUACACAGAUCAUAAGAAAAGAAGCUGGUCUUCACAAACAAGAGAUUUACUCCUUCAUUCAUUUAAGUGUUCAGGAGUUUCUGGCAGCUCUGUAUGUGUUAGAGACUUUCUUAGAUAGCGGAGAAAACCUGCUUUCCAGUCAGACAAGGGUGGAAGUGCCAUCAGAGAAAGGAAAACAUCCCAUCUUCCUCCUCCAUCGGAACGCAGUGAAUAUGGCUUUGGUCAGCAAUAAUGGACAAUGGGACUUGUUCCUGCGCUUCCUGCUCGGUCUGUCACAGGAUAAAAAUCAGGACCUCCUUCAGAAACGAGUUGGAUUCAAAGGAAGACAUCCACAGAGCAACCAGGAGACAAUCAAGUUCAUUCACGAGAAGAUCAAGAAACUGCCCAACAGCGAGAACAGCAUCAACCUGUUCCACUGUUUAAAUGAGUUGGGUGACCAGUCUCUGGUAGAGCAAGUCCAAAAGUACCAGAGCUCAGGAUAUUUUGGUAAACUGUUACCUGAACAUUGGUCAGCUCUGGCCUUUCAGCUGCUCGUUUCCAAUGAAGAUCUGGAUAUCUUUGACCUGAUGGAAUACGAAGGAUCAGAUGAAGUUCUGGAGAGGCUGCUGCCAGUGCUCAAAGCAUCAAAGAAAGCUUCGUUAAGUAAGUGUAACCUCACAUACAGAUGUUGUGAGAACAUUUCAUCAGUUCUCAGCUCGAAGUCUUCUGGUCUGGAGGAGUUAGACUUGAGUGAAAACAGACUACUGGACUCUGGAGUGAAGCUGCUCUCUCACGGUCUAAAAAGUCCCAACUGCAAACUCCAGAGACUCCGUCUGAGCGACUGUGAGUUAACAGCAGCCAGCUGCAGGUCUUUGACCUCUGCCCUCAGCAACUCCUCUGCUCUCAGAGAACUCAUCCUGAGCAACAACAACCUGGAGAAUCAGGGGGUGGAGCUGCUGUCUGAUUGGCUGAGGAAACCCCACUGUAGACUGGAGAUACUGAGCCUGAGAAACUGCUUGUUAACAGCAGCCAGCUGCCGGUCUUUGACCUUUGCCCUCAGAGACUCCUCUGCUCUCAAAGAACUCGACCUGAGUAUCAACAAACUGAAGGACCAGGGGGUGGAGCUGCUCUCUGAUUGGCUGAGGAAACCCCAGUGUAGACUGGAGAUCCUGAGGCUGUCAUUCUGCACAGAGAGGUGCUAUGAGUCUCUGGCCUCGGCUCUGAAGUCGAACCCUUCACACCUCAGAGAACUGACGCUGAGCUUCAGUGUUCCAGAACAAUCAGGUCUGAAGCUGCUGUCCAAUUUGCAGGCGGAUAAUAGUUACAAACUGCAGACACUGAGGGCGUCUAAGGGAUUUAUUUUGACAUAAACUGGAUCAGAACUAAAAGACAACAAUGGAUAAUUUCCCUCCUUCUGUCUGGACCAAAUGAUCUGAACUACAGGUGUGAAAGUGACCUUAAAUUCAUCAUGACUCUUCUCUCUUUAAGGACUCGAUGCUCAAAACUCCUCAAUCAGGAGUCAGAAGGUAUCUGAGCACCAGCUACCAGCUGAGAGAUUACUCCUCUCUGUGUAACGUAAAAGCAUAAUAUACUGGAGGGGGUGGGGGUGAAACAUGUCCCCCUGCACUUUUUCAGAAGGCAGUGUUGGCCGAAACAGUAGCAGUACUAGUAGGUAAAGCAUAGCGAUGUCCAAACCCCCAAACUACAGAAGACAAAGAAAUUCUUAAAGGGGUGAUAGAAUGCAAAACUGAGUUUACCUUGUCAUAGUUGAAUAAUAACAGUUUGGUGGGUAAAAUGGGCAUACAGAGAACCUCAAAGUCCCAUUGACACCUCUUUCCUCUGCAAAUCUCACAAUUUGAAACUGCCGCUGAAAACGGGUGAAUCCCAACGAAGAUAAUUGUUGACGUCAACUCGGUGGCUGUACCUUAUUUGGCUCUGGUCUGUACCUUUGUCCCGCCCCAAAAUGUACAUACGGAUCGCUGGUCUGACACCAGCAGGUGUUCUGAAUGCGUAGAUCUCAGACUCUAGUUUAGCUGUGCGCUGCUCUUUGCACUUCCAGGGGAAUUACAAAGAAGAAUGUUUGGAAGUUUUUCAAGGAUAUUGAAAAUGCAGUGUUCCAGGCUGUACAGGGAAUGCUGACACUUUUCACAUUUCAUCGCGGGCUGUUGGGUCGUGGUGCUCCAGGCAUGGCAGGCUCUAGCCCAUUGGCUGCCCUAGGCGAUACUGAGAUUUGCGACCCACACCAAACUACCAAUUUAAACCACAUCCAUUCCAUGUAAUCAUUCUGAUAUACAUUAUAGGUACACUAUGUUGUAUGUAUUAUGCUGUACAUUUAUAUUUGAUACAUGAACUACAGGCAAUAUAAUGGUCUCAGAAAUUUUUUAUUUUUAGUAACUUUGGAACUUUACAAACUCCAACAACAACUGAAUUAUCCAUGUGGCUUUAAUGUGCCACUCAUUUAUACAUUCUGCGCUGUCCCUGCCAAAUAAAUUAAAAUAAGAUUCAUCCUUUGUCCAUCCUGUUGUUUGGAAAAGGUGAAAUCUGGAUUGGUAUGAUACUGUGCUCUACUGACUAAUUCAGUCCUCACUGUGUCAGACAGGGUUGGCCAGUCAGCAGGAUCAAUAUGUUCUACCCUGACGGACUCAUGGAAAUCAGAACUUGUUGUGGGGGAUAGGGUGUCUGCAGGCUGUAGUGUAGAAGCAGGACCGGUUGUGUCUGUUGCUCUUUCACCUGAAGGCAAAUAAUUGAUGUUAAUCUUUUAAUAUAGAUACAUGAUGGCAAUAGACAAUAUAUUGACAGAUUUUCUCUCUUGUUCAUAUGUUGAGAUUUAUCACUGAUCUUGUGAGUCAUAAUACAACAGGCAGUAAAUACAUCUAAAUCAUAAUGUUUUUACAAGAUCAGUGAACAGUGAUGAGUGAACAAUUAUUAAAACGUUUGGAAUUGGCAUUACACUGAAAAAAAUGAUUUUGUGGUGUAGUAAUAUUUAUUAGGUUAACUGUCACAAUUUUUAUUUUCUAAUUGUAAGUAUCAGUGAGAACUGGAAUUAUUCAAGUAAAACUAUAUAUGUCAUUCAUGUAAUAAAUAAACUGUGUGGGAAGAGUAAGUUUUAUUAUGUAUUUUCACAUAAUAUUCAAAGGUUUCAUAGUCAUUGCACAUGAACUUACAAAUACCAAGUAAGUUUAAAUACU